AUGUCGACAACCUUGAGUGAGCAAGACAUUGAGAAACUCUUCUCUGGAGCACCGCAAUUCUUUGCGCGGAAUGAGAGCCACUUCUAUGGCGCUCCUCAUCCCAGCGUUGCGUUUCUGUUUGACGAGGAGCUUGAAAUCAGAGACUUGACGGAUCACGUUCAAAUCGAGGACAAGGCUUGGGGUGCCAUGACGGCCUGGCCUCACUUGACCAGGGACGCCGAGAAUGACGCCGCCGCCAAGCGGCAGUUGCAAGAGAAGCACAAGGCUCACUUCCACAUCAAGUGUCGAGAGCGGCCAAAUAUGGUGAGCAUGCAGGGACUGGAAAAGGGAACCAUGGGAUAUCAAGCAGCUCUCGAACUUCCGGCGGGCGAUUCUCUUGAAGAAGAACAAUUUGGCUUCGAAAGCCUCGGCACCAAAGCCAAGGUGAUUGUGGAAGCCAGAGCCAACAUGUUGUCAAACAGUGGAAUGCUGCGCCGUAUCCCAGAGCCCGAGGUCCUGGACCGCCUCCAGCGAAACAGCGACAUCUAUAGGCAUAACGACCUGAAAUCAAGAACUUCCGUGGAAACGUACAAGAACCUCUUUCACAGCUUCAUGCGGCCCACCGACACCGUUACUGACCAGGCAGACCAAUACGGCCUCAACAAUCAGAUUCGGGCCUUGCUAAAGUGCCUUGGCGUUGCAAACGUCUGGAUAGACUUUUCUCGAGUGGAAUGGAGGAUCCGCCUGGGCCAGGUGCUCUGGGGGGAAAAUGACGGUGACGAGCUUGACGAUGACACAGCGAUUCAUGAUACCGACGAUGCCAAGGAGCGCGCCGAAGAAAAGUACUGGCUCCUCAUACAGAUUCUGCUUGCGACGGAGCUUCUCAUCAGACUGGAUGCCGUCACAGAAGGGAUCGAAUAUGGCGUCACUGGAAUAAGACCCAUAGACGUCGUCCAUUUCGAACGAGCAGCAUCCCAGACGGUCAAAUGGUCUUUACUCUUGGCUCGAAGUUGGCUCGACAACAUUGAAAUUGUCAAAGAAGAUGAUCCUUUGCCUGAGCGGCCUCCGCCACCACGGCGUGGGAGCAGCUGGCUCGGGGCGCUGGCCAGUAGGGUGACAAAUCGAUAUCACAAAAAGAGCGCGUCGCGGCCCUACCACUACACUGUGAAGGGACGCAAUAGCGAACGUCAGGUCGAGGGCCUGACCCAUUUUGCCAGGAAUCUGAUGUGGCCGGGAAUAGACAGAUACGAGACUAAAAUUUCAGAGAAUGCGCAGAAUGCAGUCGAGGAAACUCCGGGGCGGAGAACGAGCUCGCUAUCCAUAAUAUCGAGACAUUCAUCAAAUUUCGGGGCUUGGGACAUUACAUGUAACCAUGGCAAACACAAGGGUCGUGCACAAGCCCAACGGCGAAGGCUGGCUGCUGCCCUUCACGAGUCUGGUUGGCUGACCAAGUCAUACGUGUUUGGCCUCAUCAUUCCCGGCGACUCCCUGUGCCACUACCUCAUGGCCACGCUUUUGGAGAAUGACACCGAGGCAAUGGCGAAGCUCGGCCCAUUUGCAAACUUGUCCGGAGGCUUCGUCUACUCGGGCAAGUCUUUCUGGAGCACAAGCUGCAUUGUCGGACGUGUGCUUGCGGCAGGCAAGGGGGCAGCGGAGUGCAUGGGCUGGAUUUCAACCGACGUCCUUCCAGAAGGUGCAGAGGAUGGCUGGCUGACGAUAGAGGUUGAUGAUGUCCCCGACGACAUGGCGCAGCUGGGCAAGAAAGCCAGGCUCUGGGGCAAGAAAAAGGUUGAACGCGAAUCGUCCAUCUUGGGCAGCGGCAAGGAGAAUUCCGUCCAAGCCGCGGACUUCAUCAUCCCACACGAGAACAAAUACACCACGCCCCCGCCGGCGGUUCAUGUCGAGCUCCUGUCUUUGGACCUCACGUCGGCUCCCGAGGCUGUACCGGCCACUCCGCUCUCGGAGAUGGUCCCAACGCCGACGGUCGAGCAUUGUACCAAAUAUCCCGAACUGAUUUCAUAUCCUGCAGGGUGCAAGUUCUUUGUGUCGAUUGGCGGAAGCAAGGAGGAGGAGUACCAGUAUCCGCUGACGUACGAUGUCAACUUUGUCACGGCCCAUCCUUGUGCUCCAUCGCAGAGGGUAAGGGUCGUGAGGUCGCCUGCGUCAAGCCCGACGAUGCAGCAUGUGAAUGGGAUGGGAGGGAGUGAAACGGCUCAUAGCUCGAGAGCCUCGUUCAGGACUGGACACCCCUUGCACAAGUUUUACGAGUUUACCGUGAUUCACAUUUCCGAACUGAUCAAAAAGCCACGCACGGCGCUAUCGGAAUUUCUCGUCGAUCCCACAUUUGGCAGAGCAGGGUCGAACCGAGUGCUUGUCAUUGACUGCAUUACGGGCUUUGCGGAACAGCCACAGUCGCCAGCCCUCGCGGAAAUCAUGAAGCCGUCAUCGUCACCGAUUCUUGAUCGAAAAGGCAGCUUCUCUGCGGCGGCCAGGAUGCAUUUAGAGUCUCAGAAGAGGCAGUUCGGCUCGGACAUGGAGAUUAUGGUGCGAGCGAUAUUCGUCCCCUAUCAGGAACCGGCCGCCUCGGGCGACAAGGCGGAUUUCUCGUCCACAAUCUCCUCCACGCUACCCAUGGCCGCCAUGUUCACGCGCAACAGGUACAUCGGAUGGGCGGCCGUCGUCUUCGCCAUCCAGACUUGGCUAGGCGAGAGCGCGGAAGCGACCAGGGCGUCGAGCACGCCCGGCGUCUUCUCCGUCCUCAUGUCCGUCAUGGCGCUCGGCGUCACCUACAUGCCUCUCUUCCUUCCGAGCCGCCACGCCACUGGGGGAUCUGGCACCGAGGCUCCGGCUCCCGUGCCGGCGUCAUGA